ACGUCCAAGAAGAAGUCAAAGUCGCAGUCAACAUCAGAGGGCACGAUCGACAUGGCGGAGCGCAAGUACGUCCUCCUGACCUCCUUCCGCGUCUGCGCUCGACUCGUAGCGUACGGCGAGCUUCGUGGAUCGGGCGUCCGAGUUCCGAGCGAGGGUUUGUCGGUAACGGGCGCGAUAUGGGAAGCCAUGUCCUAUCUCCCAUCACCAGCACUUCGGCAGGAUCAUAUCGACGAUACGGUUAUCAGCCACAGUUCUAGUCGGGAUAAAGGUUUUGAAUUCGUGCCCGAGGGCCUCGGCAAGUUGGGUCUGUGCAUGCCGCCUCCCGCUUCCGAGACGUUGACGCCUGAUGUGCCUCCUCCUGAAAAUGAAGAGGAGGAGUCAGAUGUGUUGUUGACCCCAAUCGGGAGGGCUGCGGUAGAGAUGGUGUGGUUGGGUUGUCUGGCUUUGACGAGUUUUGGACCUUGAAUAAAAUGGUUUUCUUUUCUCUAGCCUCGCUAUAUGGUCAUAUUUCCAU